AUGACCUCAUUAUCGCCGCUACUUGUGAAAAUCGAAGCAAUUAUUGAAGAAGUCAAUGCGACCACCGUUUCCAGUGUAAUCAGCCAAACCCUAAUGGGGAAAUCCAAUGAGACCAUUUUUACCAAUGCAACCAACGGGACCGCCAUCCUGUUACCACCGUUACGCUACAUCUUCGGGAUGCCGCAGAUUCUGGACGUGGUGUUCGCUACGGUUUCCCUCCUUCUCAACGGUCUAACCUGUCUGCUAAUCCUCACAAACUACAGUCUCUUGCACAACGCUUUUUAUCUAUAUGUCUUAAAUCUGUCUCUCUGCAUCGUCACCUCCUUCGUCGUCAACACCCCGCUGUACCUCGUGCAAAGCGGUUACAACCGUUUCUGGCUGGGAGAGCACGUCUGCGCUUUCUAUCUCUACGGUGUUUACAUUAUCGGACCGUGGGCCAUCUUCUGUCAUGUUCUAAUAACGGCCAACCGCUUCUGGGCCAUCGUUUUUCCUGUGGAAUACCGGGAUUUCCACACUCCCCGACUGGCCGUCAUUCUGUGCGGCGCGGCAUUCCUGAUGACGCAUGUGACGAUGUUGCCGGUGGUUGUGCUGCGGGAAGUAUACGGACCGGCACUGCAGUACUACCGGUAUCAGUGUACACUGAGCACACCGAGCAGUCGGAUGAUAAUGACGGCCAUCGCAGUGUGCGCCACGAUUAUCUGCGUCCUGGAGGUGCUGAUUGUGGCGUCGUACCCGGUAAUUUUGUAUAAGUACCGGAAGCAGCGCCGGCUAAAUCCCGCGGUGACACACGUAAGCCAUUCUACGCAGAAGAGCAGCGGACAUACGAUGCGCUCGUAUCUGGCCCACGCGAACCGAUCAGAGAACAAUCGCGACCGGCCGUUGUCUUCUGGUCCUUUCCUGACUGUGACUUUGUUUACCGUGUCUUACACCUUUCUAAUGAUCCCGGCGGCGUUCUACUUAAGCAUGGGAUCCAUUUUCCGUUUCUUCUCCGAACGCACCUUUAUCAUCCUGUACAUUCUCACCGUCCUGCAGAGUAUUGUGGAUCCGAUUAUCUUUCUAACUACGCUACAAGGUCUACGCAAGGCCUUGGUCAGAAUGGUGCAACGCGCCGAUUCGGAUGAAAUGUACACGGACCCCGACUUGGUGGCGGAGGCCGACGACACCCCGACAGUCGCACCAGGGGAGCAUGAGGAGUCGGAGACACCGGAACCCGGGGGCCACAUGUCGGCGUGGUCGCCCCUGGAAAACACGUACACCGGGGCGGAUGGCACCGUGCAUCGCUACUGCGAGAAUAACGACGAAACGGCCUGCAAUAACCACUGUAAGGGGAUGCAUCGUAACGGCCGCGGGAUGUGUAUGGGGACGCCGGUGAAAUGUUUGUGCCAAGAUAACCGGAAGCGAUAA